AUGUGCGCGUGGGGAGUUGCGCACGCGGCUGAUGAUCGGAUCGGGCUGUGAUUGGUCGAAGGCGAGGUUACUCUACAGCCUGCAAAGAGUUUAAAUUGCAGCAGGGGAGCAGGAUGCGAUCAGAACCGAACCGAACCGAGUCGGACAAGAGAAUCAGAAACAAAGAGAGGAGCGAGGAGAGAUGACUAUGAGGCAACUUUUCCUGCUGUGUUUGUUGGGGAUUCUUGGAUGUUUGAGCGCAACAGAUGCCAGUUUUUUUGGACGUUGGAGAGACGACACUGCAUUGCGAAAGGUGCGAGGCAUCCAAAGCGAUGAUCUGAGUAACGUGCUGUGGAAAGACCAGAAUGAGGAGCAAGUCCAGAAUAUUUUCAAAAGAUUCCUGUUCCAUUACUCCAAAGCGCGGAACUCUGUUGGAGCCGUUCAACAAGAGUCCCAUUCAGUUCACCCUUUGAUGCGACUUCCACCUAAACUAUCCCAGAGGAGAAAGAAGAAGGUGUUACUUCUGAAAAUCCGAGACCUGCCAGAGGGGACGUUAUAGAAGGAGCAUCUGUGAAACUGAGGAAGUCCCACACGUUGGGGAGGAGGAGCAGCUUGCAGCUCCGGCUUGGAUGAAGCGUCUACCAUUUGAGCGACAGGCUGCAUUUCGGGCUCCAGAAGGAAACCUUUUUUUUUUUUUCUUAAACAGGAAAUAAUAACUUGUAAAGAUUAAAACAAAAACAAAAAAAACUGGGCCGCGACGACAGGUUAAGUGUCUCGAUGCUUCCAACCGUUGACGACUGAAUUUCACCGAGUUGGUCUCAGAAAUAAGAUAUAAACACUUUGAAAAUCUCA